CAGGGGGCGGGGCUUGGUGACGUCGAGGCGGUCGCGGCGGAGCGAAUGUGAACACACUCGCCGGGGAUGAAUCAGACCGGAGAGGAGGUGGAGAACAGUCUCGUCUUCCAUUCUGCACAAUUAAGGAUCUGAUUGGGAUUCAUUCGCAGGACGACUGCGGCCACUUUGCACUCGUGUACGCGGUGGCUGCGUUUUUACGCGGCCAGACGUCUGACAGCCUCGGACGUACACAGGCUUGUCACCAAGGAGACCGGUGGAGGGGAAGCGGGGGGAGGGAAAAAAAAAAAGGAUCAAUAAGAGAGGAAAAAUAUACAUUUGCAAGAUUUCAUCCGGACACACCUUAAAGAGGACUGCCCUGACAGCGCUACAAUCAAUAUGGACGAAGACAAUCACGUUCCUGAGGAUCUGUCCUCAGAGGAGAGGGAUGAGCUGUGCAACAUCCGACGCAGGAAAAGAGAGCUGCUCGACGACAUUGAGAGGUUGAAGUUUGAGAUCGCUGAGGUCAUGACAGAAAUCGAGCAGCUGACGUGUGUUGGUGAAAGUAAAACAACGCAGAGAAACAAGCAGAUCGCAAUGGGGAGGAAGAAAUUUAACAUGGACCCUAAAAAGGGAAUCCAGUUCCUACUGGAGAACGACCUCCUUCAGCACACUCCAGAAGACAUUGCCCAGUUCCUGUAUAAAGGCGAGGGUCUCAACAAGACCGUUAUCGGAGACUACCUCGGCGAACGGGAUGACUUCAACAUCAAGGUGCUGCAGGCUUUUGUGGAGCUCCACGAGUUCGCUGACCUCAACCUCGUUCAAGCACUACGGCAGUUCCUGUGGAGUUUCCGUUUGCCAGGUGAAGCUCAGAAGAUCGACCGCAUGAUGGAGGCCUUUGCUUCACGCUACUGCCAGUGUAACCCCGGGGUCUUCCAGUCCACAGACACUUGCUACGUGCUGUCGUUUGCCAUCAUCAUGCUGAAUACCAGCUUGCAUAACCCCAACGUCAGAGACAAGCCCCCCGUGGAGCGUUUCAUCUCCAUGAACAGAGGCAUCAACGAAGGAGGAGACUUACCGGAGGAGCUUCUCAGGAAUCUUUACGACAGCAUCAAAAAUGAGCCAUUUAAAAUCCCUGAGGAUGACGGAAACGACCUAACGCACACGUUCUUCAACCCCGACAGAGAAGGCUGGCUCUUAAAACUUGGUGGCAGGGUGAAGACGUGGAAGAGGAGGUGGUUCAUCCUGACUGACAACUGCCUGUACUACUUCGAAUACACAACUGAUAAAGAGCCCCGUGGGAUUAUUCCCUUGGAGAACCUCAGCAUCCGAGAGGUGGAUGAGCCCAGGAAACCGAACUGCUUUGAGCUCUACAACCCCAACCACAAAGGCCAGGUCAUCAAGGCCUGCAAAACCGAAGCGGAUGGGCGGGUCGUCGAGGGCAACCACGUCGUUUACAGGAUAUCGGCCCCCACGCCGGAGGAGAAGGAGGAAUGGAUCAAAUCCAUCAAGGCCAGCAUCAGCAGGGAUCCUUUCUACGACAUGUUGGCCACCAGAAAGAGGAGGAUAGCCAAUAAGAAAUAGCCAAAGGCCUCUCUCAAAAGUCUCUCCUUUGCAUCACUGCCAGGUCCGAGGCGAGCAGAAUUCGGCCCCCGACUAAAAACUUGUGGAUCGGUUGUCAGUUGAAAGCUAUGAAGAACUAUGUGCAACCUUUAGGAUGGAGGAACUUUAGCACCCCGAAGAGGAUUUGACAAGGAACUGCAUCUAUUUCACUCAGCGAGGAGGGCGUCGUUCUCAAAAAUUCUGUCCUGAUGGGAAGCCUCAAAGCUAAUUAAUCAGCUGGUCUGAUUUGUAUAUGCAAAACGCACUGAUUUAUUCGUAGCUUUAGAUGACCACAAACCCCCCAAAACAGUUUGGGAUACUGGCUUGUGGGUGAAAUUUCAAGAUGAACCUAAAAUGUGACACAAGCCAUCGUUCGGCAUUUUUUAUUUAUUUUUUUUUUUGUUUUGCUUUGACUUCCAAGACAAAAUUUCAAAUCAGAAUCAGUACAAAACAAUCAAUACCAGCGCUUCUGCGAAAACUCACUUCAAAACAAGCUGCGGUUCGGCACACCAGCGAUUCCUCCGGUUGAGUGUCACUCCCAGUUGACGUUUACUGUCAAACUAAGCAUAAAAAACAAAGAUUAUUAUGCGUCCAUCUCAAACCACCGGCUAAUUUUUGUGAGGGAAGUAUGUUAGCCAGCUAGCUUAAAUGCUAACGCACAUAGACAAGCGGAGCUAAACUAGUGGCAGUGUUAGCUGAACAGUGUAGCAACACAUGGAAAACGUUAACACAUUAUUACUGCAGUUGCAUUAAUGGUAUUCCCAUUUAUUACUCAUGAUUUGGGGGUUUUGAAUUCCAAGCGUAGUCACCCAACCAAUGAAAUGAAACUUGUGCCUCAAAGUACAACUGUACAUUCCAAAUGUCUCCGAGUCAAAUUAAGCUCACCUGUUAAACCCAUUAUCAGGUUCAUCCUGGAAUUCCAAAUGAAAGCAUCUCGAAUUUUUAUUAGUAGUGUAU